AUGGUCAUCCGCUUCUUCAACAAUGGGGUAGCACAACAUGCUGUGAUCCUCUCUUCGUACCUUCGCUACUACCUCAUCGAUUACAUCACAUCAGAGAACGGAAUGCUCUUCGGGAGAAUAACAGAUUUGCUGAAGAAACAUGGCAUUAUUCACAAGGUGAUGACGGCUUACCAACCCCAAACCAAUGGGCAAGCCGAGGUGUCUAACAGAGAGAUCAAGCACAUACUGGAGAAGAUUGUCAAGCCUCAUAGAAGAGACUGGAGCUCUAGGCUUGGAGAUGCGCUUUGGGCUUAUCGGACAGCUUACAAGACACCAAUCGAAAUGAGUCCAUUCUGCCUAGUCUAUGGAAAGGCUUAUCAUCUUCCAGUGGAGGUGGAACACAAAGCUUACUGGGUGGUAAAGGAAUGCAACUUAGGAUUGGGGGGAGCCAGUAUUGAAAGGAAGCUGCAACUACAGGAAUUGGAGUGCCUUCGAGUAGAAGCGUAUGAGAACUCAAAGCUUUAUAAAGAGAAGGUGAAGGCGGUGCAUGAUAAGAACAUCAAAAGAAGAGAGUUUAAAGCUGGAGAUUUAGUCCUCCUCUAUAACUCAAGGUUGAGACUUAUGCCAAGUAAGUUGAGAUCAAGGUGGGAAAGACCCUAUAGGGUGGAAAAGGCCGAGCCAUAUGGGGUCUCCCACUUGAGUCACCCUUCAAGCCCCACCUUCUUCAAAGUCAAUGGCCACCAUUUGAAGUUAUAUCAUGGUGAGAAGAUGAAGAAAAAUAAGGAGCUGGAGAUCUUUCUCUUGGCGGAUCCAGCAAAGGAAGAGGACUGA